AUGGGGCUGCAGCUAGAUCGAGUUUGGAACGUUGGAGACAGCUUGGGCCGUGUGUAUGUAUGUCUGUCUGCGUUUGUGUGUUUGUGUGUCUGCGUGUCCCGUGUGAGCGAGCGAGCAAACAGAGGAAAGAGGAGAGAGUGCACGCAGUUGGAACGCUGGCUGCCAUGUGUGAUUGUGUCGGUUUGUUUGUGGGUGUAUGUGGUGUGUUCCUAUGUGUGCUGCGUGUCCUACGGCUGUCUGUUUCGUAUUUCAUGA